GGAUUGGACUAUCGAAGAAAAGGAAGAGACAAAGGAAAACUUCGUAUAUUUUAACCGAAAAGCUCCACUAGGGUGUCCACUUUGCAAACGUAUACAUGACAAGGAUCAGCGGGAAGUUUUUGAAUGCGACCCAUCUAUUGCAGAAAAAAUUCAGCAAGAAAAUAAAAAUUUAUCACAGACCUCUCACAAGAUAAAGAAAACAUAUGAGAAGAGAUAUGUAAGACCAUUACCUAAUGAAGGUGAUAUUUAUGUAGGGUUGCCUUGGGAAACUGAAAAAACAUACAUUCUUGAACAUCUUACUAUAUCUGAUAUUGUGAAUUUGUUAGCAUUAUCUACGCGUCAUUCUUACUCGAAUACUAUUACUACAAGACUUAAUCUUAAAUCAUAUUACGAUAUUGAUGUGAGACAAUCAAUAGAGAAAUUAUAUAAACUAAUUCAAGAAGUGAGACGCAUUAUCUUUAUGGAUAAUGAUUUUACUGAUCUUAAUAUCGAAUGGAUUAAAGCUAUUUGCAAGGAUAAACCAUUUUCAAUUAUUCAUAAUACUUACCAGCCUCAGAAAGGUAAAACAUUCUGCCUAGCUCCUAAUAAAGAAACUGUGUUAGCCAAACUCUGGGAUUGGGCUAAGAAAAUGUCUUCAUUACCUUUUGAGUCUCGGAAAAGUGCUUCACUUAUUUGCUAUCUCAGAAAAGAUGUACAAGGAAUUGUUCGCGUCCUUAAGACUAAUUUUCCAGAAUUGCGAAUCAAGAAAUAUCAUGGCAAAUCUGAUCCGGUAGAAAAGGCUCAAGAUUUUAGCAAUGUAGAAGAAUCAUGGAAAGACUUAGAUCUAAUUGCCUAUACUAGUACUCUAAAAAUAGGAGUAUCAUGUACCAAUCCUAAGUUUGAGCGAGCUUUCUGUCUUUUUAAUAGUUACAUAGAAAUAAACGCAAGAACUAAUCAAAUGUUAUUCCGCAUGCGGUGUAUUAAGGAUUAUAUAUGUCAUAUUGAGCAGAGAUCUUCUAACGUUUCCAUUAUAGAAAAGGGAUUAUUUCAGUGGUUAUUAAAUGGUAAACGUGAAUGUCUCCCACGAGAACUUCAAAAUAUAGGAAUAUUUCCAGAUAUUGAUUCUAUUAUUUGGAAUAAGGAUAUACCAACUGUUCGAUUAUGGGUAGCAUAUAUGUUGGAGAGAUUCCGUUCUUAUCGUUUAUUUGGUUGGAAAAUGAUUGAUUUUCUCCAAAAGGCAGGUAUGGUAAUUUCUAUUAUAGAACCUAUACCUAAACCUAAAGAUAAUAUGAUAUCGUUAUCCCAAAUAGUAAAGGUAAGUUCAUCUAUCAUUAAAGCGGAGGAAAUAGCAGAUGUUUCCAAUGCUACUAUUGUCGAUCGUGAGACUGCUGAAUUUUUAGAGAAUAAAUCAAAGAAGACUUUAGAAGAGAUGCGGUCUCUGGACUGGCACCAUAUUGCAGAUGACUAUGAAAUGUCACCUGAGUUAUUGACCGAAGAUUUUAUUUCGAAAUAUGGAAAUUUUAAUCAUAUAAAAUG